AUGGCAGUAGCACUGGAAAAUGGCCAUACAGAGGCAGCAAUCAAACCAACUGGCCGAAAUGAGGGCGUGAAGACUCAGAGGAAAAAGAAGUUCUUCGGAUGGACCCUCUUAGGCCUAGUCGUGCGACUCGGAAUAUGGUACGCGCUCCUCACGCCCUUCCUGCGCUGCCCAUCGAACCUUGCCGACUUGAACGACACAUCUCCUCCAGUCUGCAAACCUUAUCUGGUUACUCGGUCUCAUGUGGAACCAUAUGUUACUCCCUACUACGACACCUAUGCCGCGCCUUACGUGGACCAAGUUCGUCCCUAUGUAGACCAAGCUCGUCCAUAUGUGGAGAUUUUGAACAAGCGAGUGUAUACCCCUGCAUCCAAGCUUGCCCAUACUGGGUAUGAAAAAUACGGUGCGCCGGCAUGGGAACAAACUCAGGCCUACGGUGCAGCUCAAUGGAAGGCUCAGGUAACCCCUCGGGUUGAGGAGGCCCAGGACAAAAUACAUCAACUCUAUCUGUCCGAGGUGGACCCAUACGUUCAGCGGGGACUCCUGGUGGUAUCACCUUAUUAUCAAAAGGCAAAUACCGCUGUGUUCGCUGUUUAUUGGGAUCAUCUGGUUCCUUUCUACACCCGCUCGCAACCUUUUAUCGGCAAGACAUAUGCCACUUCCCAAGAAAUACUGGUAACACAUGUUAUGCCAGGUGUUCGAUACACAUGGUCCUCCGCUGUCUACUUUGCCAACAGUUCGUUGUGGCCUCAUAUCACAGGAUUGUACUCGGAGCAGGUUGAGCCGCAAUUGGUCAAGAUCGGACAGCGCCUGGCGAGUUAUCGAGAGGGCAAACGGCUCCGUGCAGUUGUCGAGGAAAUGGAUAGUAGCUUUUCUGAGCAAUCCAGUCCGUCGGUUACCCUGACAUCCGCUGAAGUUAUUCAUACCCCAAGCACCGCAUCAGUCAUUUCUACCACCACCGAGACCCCCUAUGUUGCGCCCACCCUAUCAGCAGCUCAACAGGCAAAGCAAGCCCGCGAACAGAUUGAUUCUGAUCUUGAAAGAUGGCAAGACAAGUUUGCAGUCGCAGCUGAUAGCGGUAUUGAAGACCUUGAAGAGCGCCUCGAAGAAAUUGUUGGUGCUCUCGUCGCCAGCAGCGCCAAUAGCCACGGUCUGAGCCUUUCGACAGCUCUGCAAAGUGUGGCUGCGAAACAACUUACCACCAUUCAGGGCCGUAUCAACGACCUUGUACAAACGCUACCCGAGGAGGAUGCGCCGGAAGCUGAGGAAGAAGCCCGAGAACAGCUCGUUAACGACAUUCGAGCCUCUGCCAUCUCCGUCAGAGAUCGGGCCCAUGCCCUGCGUGAAUGGUCAUUGUCAUUCGAUGAUGAACUUCUGCGUCGGGUAUCCGCUGCUGUCAACUCGACUCUCGAUGUUCUUGAUGGUAUUCGCGAUCUUGGUCUGCAGGAGAUCGGCAUGCGCUGGGCAUGGAUGGACGGUGUAACCUACAAGGACUGGGCAAGGUAUCGCACCGUGAAGGGGCAACUCCAGGACUGGCGUAACCAGAUUUACCAUAUCGGCAUGAACCACAAAUCAGUUGCUGAAGCUAAGGCGGUGGCGACCGAUAUUCUGGAUCAGGGUAUGGAAGUUGCCCAGGAAACUGCUGUUGAGCUUAUCAGAUUGAAGGAUGUUGGUCAAUGGAAACUAGCUGCCCGUGAGGUCAGCGAUAAUUUUGAGACCAGAACUGAGGCCCCACCUCCAAGGCCAAAGCCGGAAAAUCUCGAAGAUAAUUCCGAGAUCAACGCUGAUACUGAACAUGAUGAAUCUCAUGAGGAUUCUCCGGAGUCAUCAACAGCCCCCGCCAUCAAUGGCGAGGGAGAUGAACUGAUAAAUGAGAACUUCUCCAAUCCCGACGAGUCUCUCGACGGCGCAGCUGGGGCUGAUGAUGAUAUUUUUGAGUCUAUGUCGGCUGAUGCGGUUGAGCACCAGUCAGGUUCGGUCAAGGCUGCGUGGGGAGGAGUUGCGGCAGCUGAUGCCAACACCUACCAAGAUCCUAUUCUUGAUGACGACGAACAAGAUACCCUUCGUAAUCUUGCAAAUAAGGCGGGUGACGCUUACUCUGAUGCCUAUUCUCAGGCGAGCUCAGCUUUCGUUGAUUCAACCUCGAACGCUAAGAUCCUCUACGAUAUUGCCAAGUCGCAAAUUCUGGGUCAGGUCGCUCAGUCCAGUGAACCUGCCCAUGCCCACAUUCUCUCUUCCGUUGAAUCGGCAUACUCUGGAGCCGUCAAAUAUGCGACUGAAGAGUUUGAAGCUAGAAUGGCUGCGGUCAAGGCAACCCCUACCCCUACCGGACCUCUAGCCCAGAUUUCAUCCAUAGCUUCCUCGCGGUUGAGUGAGGGUCUCAGCAUUGCCUCUGAGAAAUUGGCCAGCAUUCAGCCUAUUCCUUCUCAAACAAGCUCUGUGGGCCUUCAGCCCUACGUGCUUGAUGCUCAGCGUCGCUACUAUGAAGCCGUUGGUUUUGCUCACGAUCACUAUACCGCUUUCGUCUCCACGGCUUCUCAUGCUGUGUAUGGUACUCCGACUCCCACUCCGGCCCCCCUCGGCUUCCAUCAACUGAUUGAAGAGGCUGGGGUCCAAUACGAGCAUAUUUCCUCCCUGGCUUCUGCUAGCCUUGCUGCAGUGGUCGCCUCCGCCAGCUCUAUGGCUUCGCCGCCGCAGGAAGUCAUUAGCGAUGCCUCAUCCAGAUAUCACGCAGCCAUGUCAGCAGCGUCUGCCUCCCUCUCUAUGGCGUCUGUAUCCGCCAGCUCUGCCGUCUUUGGCACUACACCCGGACCUUUGGCGUCUCUGUCCAGCCAAGCGUCUGAGAACUGGGAAGGCAUUGUCUCCAAGGCCAGCGAACAAAUAUAUGGUACCCCUGCUCCUUAUCUUCAGCAACUGCACGAGCGAAUCCCGCAGUUUGAGGCUGUGCAGGAGGUGGUGUCUGAGCUUCUCAUCGGCAAGGAACCCUCAUUCACCGAGAGUGUCAUGAGCAAACUCCGUGUGGCAUAUGAAACUCCCUACCCGGCUGCCGCAUUCUCAUCUGCUUCGAGCUACGUUAGCGAAACUUACGAAUCGGCUUCCUCCGUUGCCGGUGUCUACGCCUCUAACGUUCCCAGUGUUGAGGAUGUUUUGCAAAAUGUCAACGAGCAGCUCAACAUUGCUGUGGAGGCCGCCAGUGUUGGCGUUUAUGGCACUUCUAAGGGCCCUUACGAGCAGGCAACAGAGGCUGCAGUCGAUGCCUACAGCACUGCUUCGGCGCAGAUUAGCAGUGCCAUUUAUGGAAAGGAGUCGGGAUACAUUGAUGUUGCUAAGGAGCAUAUCGAAGAGAUCCAGUCAAAGGCCAGUGCUGCCAUUUACGGUGAAGAGCCAGGUGCAGUGGAAAGUGCCAGCAGCCGCCUUGCCGCCGCUGUCGAGGGUGCUCAGUCUCAGCUGGCGGAUCUGGCAUCCAGUGCCAAUAGUGUUGCCUCCGAGGCCGUCGAGACUGCUGCCUCCCAUGUUGAGAGCGUAACUGGCAGUCUCAAGUCCGCCGUGUCCUCGGCCAAGGACGAGCUGUAA